ACGUGGCCGUGGGGGCCCCGCUGGGUGCCGAUGGACAUCGGGGCUCGUGUUCAUUUACCGAGGGGGGCUGGGCUGGACCCCAGCCCGCCCAGGUGCUGAGGGGGUGGGGGCACGCCCACCCCGACUUCUUCGGGGCCGCCCUGAGAGGCACCGACCUGGAUGGCAACGGAUACCCGGACCUCCUGGUGGGCGCCUUCGGGUCGGACACGCCGUGAUUUACAGGCCGUCCCAUCGUCCACGCCGGGGCCAUCCUGGGCGUUGUCCCCUCCAUGUUCAACCCCGAGGAGCAGGGCUGUGUCCUGGCUCCGUGCAUCAACGUCACCUUCUGCCUCAACGCCUCGGGACGGCACCUGCCGGGACCCAUCGCCCUGGCCGUGGAGCUCACCGUGGACGGGUUGAAGGCGGGGGCGCGGCGGGCGCUGUUCCUGGGGGGAGGGGCCAGCCGGCCCCUCCCCACCCGCAGCCUCACCCUGCUGGUCCCCAACGGGGGACCCCAGUGCCGCACCCUGCCCGUGUUCCUCAGGAACGAGUCGGAGUUCCGGGACAAGCUGUCCCCCAUCCCGGUGUCCCUGAGCCUGGCCCUGGACCCCCGAGUGCCCCCCGAGCCGCUGGCGCUGCCCCCGCUGCUGGCCCCGAGCGCCCGCACCCGCCUGGAGGCCAAGGCUCACAUCCAGCUGGACUGUGGCGAGGACAACGUUUGUGUCCCCGACCUGCACCUCGAGGCCACCGCGGACCGUCGGGCGGUGUUUUUGGGGGACCGGAACAGCCUCAACGUGACGUUCCAGGCUCGGAACCGGGGAGGGGGGGGCCUACGAGGCCGAGCUGCACGUGCAGCCCCCCCCCGGCGCCCUCUACAGCGGCGUCCUGCGCCCCCACGGGCCCUGAGCUGCGAGCUCGGGGGCAACGGCUCGAGCCCCCUCGUGUGCGACCUGGGCAACCCCAUGAAGGCGGGGGCCAGCAUCUGGGGGCUGCGCCACCCUCCCCACCUGAGCGACAGCAGCGACAGCGUCCCUGAGCUGCAGAUCCGCAGUAAGAACGCCAACAACUCGCAGAGCCCCGUGUCGGUGGCGCUCGCCGUGAAAGCGGCCACGAGGGUGUCCGUGUUCGGGGUGUCCCGGCCUGACGUUGUCACCAUCCCCGAGGGGGUGGGGGUCCCGACCUCCCAGCGGCUGCAGGACCUGGGACCACCCGUGGAGCACGUCUAUGAGGUGGUGAACGAGGGUCCCAGUGCCAUCAGCGAGGGCACCCUGGAGCUCAGCUGUCCCCUGGGCCACCGGGGCCACCCCCUGCUCUACGUGACCACCCACUCAGGACCCCCCAACUGCUCCUCCAGCCACCCCAUGGACCCCCUGGGCCUGGUGGAGCAGGAGCAGAGCCCCGAGAGCCACGUCCUGCAGCGCCGGGACACGGGGGACAGUGGGGACAGCGGGGACAGGAGGGACAGGAGGGACACGGGGGACAGCCUGGGGUGCCCCGAGCCCGAGUGUUUCCGGCUGAGCUGCCCCACGGGGGGGCUGGAGCGGCAGCAGAGGGUCAGUCUGCGCCUCAGCUUCCACCUCAGGACCCCCCCCCUGCGCCAGCGGGAGGUCCGGGCUCAGACCCUGCGCUGUGAGGCCGAAUUUCGGGUGAGGAGACUCCCGUACCGGAUCCAGCCCGAGCGGCUGCCCCGGCACCGCCUGCAGGUGGUGACAGGCCUGGCGUGGGCGCGGCCCGAGGCCGGGGGGGUCCCGGUGUGGGUGGUGGUCCUGGCCGUGCUCCUGGGGCUGCUGCUGCUCGCCCUGCUCUGCUACGGCCUCUACAAGCUGGGAUUCUUCAAGCGCUCGGGGCCCUACGGCACCGCCAUGGAGAAGGCCCAGCUCAAACCCCAGGCGGCCUCCGAGGCCUGAGGGGGCCCCCAACGCCAGGGGGGACCCCCCCAGGAGGGCAGGGGAGACCCCCCAGGGCUGGGGACAGGCAGGGGAGACCCCCCUCACCCCACCCACCCACACACCCACACCCACACACACACAAGGACUGUGUCACC